UGGUUUUGGAGACCGGCGGUUCGUUCAUUAUUUCGUUAUUAUUCUUCGGUUUUGUUCAGGCAGGCAAAGAACUGCUUUAGUCGGAAAGUCGUAAUAUCUUAUCUGAUCAAUAAGAGAUUGUCAUGAAAAGUGCAAAUCAUUGUGCAAUGACCAUCGCGGGCAUUGCUUUGAUUUUAAUUGUGGGGUUAAGUUCUGCCGAGCAACGCCCCCCUUAUCGCAAAAGUUUUGUUAACCCCUAUCCAAGGUUUAGGGAAUUUAGUGAUGGAGGAAAUCCAGGAGAACCACUUUUCCUUACACCGCUCAUCAACAAUCCAAAAAUCCCUCGUGCAGAAAUUCAGAAGAAAGCUCAAGUGAUUGGCUCCCAGUUUCAUGAGGUUGAGAGCUAUGCCGGCUUUUUAACUGUCAAUCCUGGUUUUAACUCGAAUAUGUUUUUCUGGUAUUUCCCGGCCGAAGAAGACCGCGCAUAUGCUCCUGUCUUAUUAUGGUUACAGGGUGGACCAGGUGCUUCUUCGUUGUUUGGGCUUUUUACUGAAAAUGGUCCUUUUGAAUUUGACAAACAUGGCGCAUUGAAAAAGCGGAAUUAUACAUGGAGUAGAUCUCACAAUUUGAUAUUCAUUGAUAAUCCCGUAGGUACAGGCUUUUCGUUUACCGAUAAAGAUGAAGGAUAUGCAAAGAACGAGAAAGAUGUUGGUCAUAAUUUACACGAAGCGAUGCAGCAGUUGUAUGAGCUCUUCGAAUGGAAUCAAGAGGCUGGCUUUUGGAUUUCUGGUGAAUCAUAUGCUGGAAAAUAUGUACCGGCUUUGGCUUACCACAUUCACCGCAUGCAAAAUUCCAUCGAUACUCGUGUUCAUAUUCCUCUUAAGGGUCUUGCUAUUGGCAAUGGGUUAUCAGAUCCUGUGCAUCAAUUGAAAUAUGGAGAUUAUUUGUAUCAAUUAGGCCUUAUUGAUGAUCAUGGGUUGGAACAAUUCCAUAAUGCUGAAGCGGCCGGCAUUAAAUGCAUUCAAAAACAUGACAUGGAUUGCGCUUUCGAUGUUUUCGAUAACCUUCUUAAUGGCGACAUGGUGAACGGAUCCCUUUUUUCCAAUCUGACUGGCUACAACUACUAUUACAAUUAUCUUCACACAAAGGGCGAUAACUACGGCCAAAUAAUGGGCGAUUUUAUACAAUCAAGUUCAACGCGGCGUGCAAUACAUGUGGGCAAUUUAACUUUCCAUGAUUUGGAUACUCAGAACAAAGUAGAGAUAUUCCUGAAAAAAGAUGUGAUGGAUACUGUAGCUCCUUGGAUUGCUGAACUGUUAGAUACGUAUACUAUAUGCAUUUAUAAUGGCCAAUUAGAUAUAAUCGUAGCGUAUCCCUUGACUCGCAACUAUCUGAACAAAUUGAAAUUUAAGGAUGCUGAAAUCUACAAGAAUGCACCUCGAGAAAUUUGGCGUGUAGAUGAUGAAAUUGCCGGCUACGCCAAGCAUGCUGGACACUUGGUUGAGAUUAUGGUGCGAAAUGCUGGUCACAUGGCUCCAACUGAUCAACCGAAGUGGAUGUACACUCUGAUCCACCAUUUAACCCAUUACAAGAAAAUAGUUUAAGUGUUCAUUAUUCAAAUAAAAAAAAACAAAUUAGGUAUACGAAAAUCUCUAAAAUGCACAGCUUGUAAUUACCGAAAAAGUAAAAAAGGAUAGGAAACAAAUGCAUUAGAAAAAGAUAAGCGUGUUAAAUUCCAGUCUGAAAGACAUUGUGGUUGUAUUUGUAUCAUGCAGUUAAUAUGGCGAGAACUACCUAACUUAGAUGUACUUACUUCUACAUCAUUUAGCUAAAAAUUAAAUAAAAAACAUUUGAAUUAAAAAUUUGGUCUUGUAAAAAUUUAUGUAAUCCUAAAACAUAAUAAAGCAAUUUGAAAUACA